AUGAGAAGAAUUUAUUGGUCUACUCUCAGUGAUACUCAAGCGGAGACGGAUGGCAAUCAUAUUAUAAUCAAAGGAGAAGUCAAGGCCAAAAGUAAGUUAGAAGUAAGUGUUGUUGAUGAAAAAGACAAGCAAGUAAGACGCUUUAUCGACGUCAAACCAGGAGAGCAGAAGGAUGAACGAGGCAUGAUAGUAAAAAAUGGGGCCGAGUAUGAGAAAGCCAGAAAAGAAAUGCAUAAAAAAUUAUUAGAGGGAAAAUUCGCUGAUAAAAUUAAAGGUAAUGACAAGCAUGAGGCGGAGGGGGCAGAUAUGAAAUAUACCAUUUUGAAGGACGGAAAUAAUGACUAUAAAGUAAAAAUAUAUCACGGCGAUACUGGUCAGGAUUGGGAAUUUCCUUGGGAAAAAGUAAAAAUCGAGCCUGUUUAUUAUGGAUUGACUAAAGAACUUGGCUUUAAUGACCUUCAUGAUGUUAAAUACCAAGAGGAGGAACAAAAAUCCCCAUGA